AUGUUAUAUGUGACAGAAGACUUUUGUGAUUACCAAGAAAAUAACCAAAACCAUACCAAUCUUCCUACAUCAAUAACAUUAGAACUAUUGCCACCCAUCAAACAAGAAUCUGUGAUAAUUUCAACCGAAUCUGCAAGAGAGUCGCUCCAAGAAUCAGAAUCAACAGAGGACAAAUUCGAGUCUUCAGAAACAGAACUGGUCGCUGGAGUUCAUUUUCUUUCAGAUGACAAUAAUCUCAGUAUCAGUUUAGAUCCCAUGGAUCCAGAUAGUUAUGAAAAAAAGAAAAACGAAUUUUUGGAAUACGUCGUUCAGGAAGAUGGAAGCGUUGUUUGUAAACGUUGUGGUGAAGUUUUGGCAUCCCGCACCCACUGGUAUAGGCAUAAAUAUAAAGUUCAUAUGGUACAAGCAAAUAAUAAAUUAGUUAGUCCUGCUCCUCUCCUCAUGUGUCAUCAUUGUAAAGUAUAUUUUAAAAGUCGAAAAGGAUAUAGAGGACAUAUUGCUGCAAGGUACGUUAUCCUUAUUAUGUUUUUUUUUUAA